AUGGUCUCCCUCCAGACGGCGCAGCAGUCCAAUGCGCUAGUCGCGAACCUCCCCCGGGGGCUCGUGGCCCUGUUCAUCGGCGCCACGUCCGGCAUUGGCCAGAGCGCGCUGCAGCAGUUUGCGCAGCACGCCCCGGCCCCGCGCAUCUACACCGUCGCCCGCCCGCCAGCCGUGGCCGGGCACGAGUCGCUGCUGGCCGAGCUGCGCCAGGUCAACCCCGGCGCGUCGUACAACCUGAUCACGGCCGACGUGUCGCUGGUGUCUGAGGUCGACCGCGUCGUGGCCGCCGUGGCCAAGAGCGAGACCAAGGUCGACCUGCUCUUCCUGUCGGCCGGCUUCAUGGCGUUUGAGGGCCGCAAGGACACGCGCGAGGGCCUCGAGCCGUCCAUGUCAACGCGCUACUACUCGCGGCAGCGCGCCGUCGAGAAGCUGCUCCCGCUGCUCAACAGCGCCGACGCGCCGAGCCCGCGCGUCGUGACGGUGCUGGCCGGCGGGCUCGAGGCGCCCGUCAACGAGCGCGACCUCGACCUACGCGAGCCGCGCAACUGGUCCUUCUGGAACGCCUCGGUGCACGCCGCCACCUUCAGCACGCUGUCGCUCGAGCGCAUCGCCCGCGAGAACCCGCGAAUCAGCAUCGUGCACUGGUUCCCCGGGACGGUCGCAACGCCGGGGCUCGCGCGCGCCAACCGGUUCGGCAUGUCGCCGCCCAACCCGACUAGCCAGGCCGACGCGGGCGUCCGCGCACUGUUCCUCGCCACCAGCGACCGCUACGCUGUGCAGCCUGGCCUGGUGCCCGUGCCCGCGGGCCUCGGGGCCGCCAAGCGGUCGGGCGGUGGCAUUUUCCUCGUCGGCGCGACGUGCGAGAGCUCCGACAACGAGCGCGUGCUGGCGCCGCUGCGCAACCGCGGCGUCGACAAGGUCGUGUGGGACUUUACGCAGAAGAUCUUUGACGCGUGUGCCGCGCAGGCGGGCGGCAAGGACGAGCUCUAGCCUCCAGGUGCAGAGGUGAGUGUAGCGAGAUCACGAACAGUCUAGCUCUGUCGGCUUGCUCAGUGUAAGAAGGGAACACAACUAGGAAACACCACCGGGAAAACACCACUGGGAAACACCACUGGGAAACACCACUGGGAAA